GUUUCUUUCAUUCCAGUAACGCACCGGCUAGUAACAAGGAAGUAGAGAGAAUUAGAAACAAGCAGUGAGUGAACAAUUUACUGGGUAAAGAAACUAUAAUAAAAAGCAUUUCAAGGAUUUCUUUCAAAGGGGUUUCGUAGACCCGUACAGCAGAAAAAUAAAAACAUGAUCUUCACUAUGACUGAUACAAUAUUUGGCAACGGAACCGAUCAAUGGGUGUGUCCGAACGAUCGUCAACUAGCCCUCCGAGCCAAGUUGCAUACAGGAUGGUCUGUUCAUACUUUUCAAACAGACAAACAAAGGAAGAAUCAAAGUCUGGAACAGAAGGAAAUAGACAUUAUCUUGGAGGUUAUCAAAAGAGCUGAGAAGGUGGAUACCCUGGAACAACAACGAAUUGGACGUCUUGUGGAGCGAUUAGAAAACAUGAGGAAAAAUGUCAUGGGGAAUGGGAUGUCACAAUGCCUCUUGUGUGGGGAGCAGCUUGGAUUCUUAGGCUCAACAUCUGUCUUCUGUCAAGACUGCAAACAGAAAGUCUGCACCAAAUGUGGAAUUGAGACCUUUAGCAACCAGAAGCGACCAAUGUGGCUCUGUAAAAUCUGCAGUGAACAGAGAGAGGUUUGGAAGAGAUCUGGAGCAUGGUUUUACAAAGGUCUGCCAAAAUAUAUUUUGCCAAUAAAAAUAUCAAGCAAAACCAAUGAACUGCAGCUGAGGCCUCCACAGCCAGAGCUCCUAACUCAGGACAUAAGAAGCAGUACAUCAAAUCGAACAUACACAUGGGCUAAAGGAAGAGUGGUCUCUAGUGAUAGUGAUAGUGACUCGGAACACAGCUCAACUAGUAUGGAUGACAAAGACUCUGUGGCUGUAUCCAAAGGUGAAAAAAACAGAAAAUACAGAAUAGAUUCUGUUUCUAGCAAUGAACCCUCUGUGACACCGAUGGGGAGUCACAAGAAAAACUAUGGGGGUAUGUUCUCUAGUGGUUUGUCAAGCAGUCAGACCAGCCUGGGAUCAGACCGAGGAGGUGCACUAAGUGCUACCGAGAGUUGCCAAGGAGACUUUGCUGAUGGUUAUGAUAGCGAUAUCAGCAGAUGUGCCGCAGAGAACAUCCAAAAAAAUCUUAAAAGAAGAAAUGGUCAGCGGAACCGGAAAAAAGCGUGGACACACAACUCUAUGGCGCUGAACCUAAGAUAAAGUCAUCCUCAAGUGUGUUCUGACUAUCAAGACUUUGGACCUCUCCAUCCUUGUGUGAAGGAUUAGAGUGAAAGCUAACAGUUGGAAUAUAGUCGCAUAUUACAUUUUAAUUGUUCAUGUAUUGUUUGGUGCUGGUAAGAGAAGUGGUGGGCAUGUUUUUUGUUGUUAAAAUUGUCAGUUGUCACUUUCAUGAGCCCAAGUGGGAACUUGUGUUCUUGCUUCUUAGUUGCAAUAUAAUUGUUAUCACCUUAUGGAGUGUAAUCUUUAUACCGGGCUCACCAAAGAAGUCAUUCAUCAACUGAGAGCACUUGAACCACAAUAUGGAUGGAUAAACUCAUCACCUCACUCCUCACAUGGCUUAAAAUGGUAUCUACACAAUGUUCUUCUGUCUUUGGUUUGUUUUAUAUGGCUCCACAGAUUGAUUAUUUUUUUUUUUUUUUUAAAAAACAAACAUUUUAUGGGUUUUUUUUAUUCAGUGGACGCACAUUUAUUUUUUUGUCAUGUUUGAAUUUAUUUAAGGUCCACACCCCUAUGAACUUUAAAGGUACAUUAAAUGCAAAAAUUAACUUCUGUAAAGGUUUAAUUAUGCAUGUUAAAAAUAGUAGCAGUCUUUCAUUAUCUAUGUUGUUCCCUUUUUUUUGUUGUUGUUUAGUUUUUAUCUACUGUCCCCUCCCAGAGAGGAGUGCAUUUUCCAGAAUUCAAAACUCCCAUUUAUAGUUGUCCCUAAAUGACAAAAAGAGGGGAGAUAAGAUUAACACACUCAAAUGAUUUCUCAACAUUUAUCUCCCUAGACUAUAAAUCUAUUCACAUUUUGUUAACAUGCAACUCCUUUUAAGUACUUAUUUUGUGUACAGACCGUUUGCAGUGUGGCGUGUAAUUACUUAUAUAAGAAACUAUUUUAAUGUCCCUUUAACUAUCAGUUCAACUAUUUUUACACUGUGACAGCUAUUUGUAUGAAUUUAUUAAUUAUGUGAUACAAGGCAGAACUUUUUGUUGGUGAUUUUACAAAAAAUAAGACUUUAUUGGGCACCAGGAUAAAGUCUGUGGUGGGACCCAAUUUCAACAGUGCCCCUUUCCAAUAAUAAUCAUUACUACCAGUUACAAUUUUCAACCAUAAAUACAAAAAAAUCUUUCAUUAUUAUUAUUAUUGUUUAUUUGCAAAGUGUCACCAAAUUCUGAUUAUUAAAUGACCUCCACAGAGGUGGAAACCUAGGUUACAA